CCCCAGCGGAGUCUCCCUCCGCCCUCGCCCUCACUCCCCACCCCUCCUCCGGCCGCGGAGAAGGGCAUGGAGUUGGCGGGAGCCUAUAAAAGCCCCUGAGAGCGCGCUGGGGCUACUGCGCCGAGAGUCUGCACGGGCAGAGCAGGACCGCGCACCAUGUCCCACCACUGGGGAUACGGCAGCCACGACGGACCCGCUCACUGGCAUGAGCACUUUCCCAUCGCUAAUGGAGAGCGCCAGUCCCCGAUUGCCAUCUGCCGCAAGUCCGCCAAGUACGACUCGUCUCUGAAGCCUCUGAGCUUCACCUACGAUCCCAGCACGGCCAGGAGCAUCGUCAACAACGGGCACUCCUUCAACGUGGAGUUCGACGAUUCUUCCGACAAGUCAGUGCUGCAAGGAGGGGCGCUGGAUGGAGUCUACAGGCUGGUGCAGUUCCACAUUCACUGGGGAUCCUGUGAUGGCCAGGGAUCUGAGCACACUGUGGAUGGUGUGAAGUAUGAUGCAGAGCUCCAUAUUGUUCACUGGAAUGUAAAAUAUGGUAAAUUUGCUGAAGCUGUGAAGCAUCCUGAUGGUUUAGCUGUGGUGGGCAUCUUCAUGAAGGUGGGAAAUGCCAAGCCUGAGAUGCAGAAGGUUGUGGAUGCUCUGAGCUCCAUUCAAACCAAGGGAAAGCAAGCUUCCUUUACAAAUUUUGACCCCACUGGACUCCUUCCUGCGUGCAGAGACUACUGGACAUACCCUGGCUCACUGACCACUCCACCCCUGCUUGAGUGUGUGAUCUGGCACGUGCUGAAGGAGCCCAUCACUGUGAGCCCUGAGCAGAUGUGCAAACUCCGUGGCCUUUGCUUCAAUGCUGAGAAUGAGCCCGUGUGCCAUAUGGUGGACAACUGGCGCCCAUGCCAGCCUUUGAAGAGCAGAGAAGUCAGAGCCUCCUUCCAGUAACCUCAGUGCUGAGAGUGUUAGGAAUUGCUGUUUGCGAGGAGCCCCUCUUGCUAAGCCCAAAUCAAACUUUGCUGUGUGUGCCCAGGCAACAUCUCGUCUCCCAGAUCCAUUCUUUCUUUUGCUCUGCGUCUGAACUGCCAGCUAAUGGAAUGUGAAAGGCUCUAGGCCAAAUGGGGAAGGGUUCUUAAGGUGUGGGGUUGGGGGAGGCAGGGGGUGGGUGGCUGUGUGCAUUUUGGUGGCCAUCACUGCCACUGACACUUUGGUGUAACAGUGUGUUGGCUACUUGGGAGAGGAUAUGGUGGUAGCAAAAUAAGCCAUUUUAAGAAACCUCAUCCACUGGUGUGAUAGUACACGUAACUAACGAUAACUUGAAGCUUUGUAAGAAGCACAGGAAUACAGAACAUAGCUAUAAUUUAGAAAAAGAAGUAUUCUGAGAAAGUUAAGCAAAAUGAAUAUUUAGAAUUAGACUUCUUAGAUUUUAAGAAACUGACAUGUAAAUAUUUUUGAGACUGUUUUGCAUUUUUACCCAUGCUGUCAACAGCCUUAGUUACGUCUUAAUGGUAGUGUUGGGUUUUUUAAUUAAAAAUCUUCUAAAUUAAAUGUUAUCUUUAAAAGUUGUUACCAUAGAAAUAAUAAAAAUAUCUUUUCAUUGAAAUAAUAUAUGUUCUAAUUUAAAAAGGAAAAUAAUAUUGUAUUUUAGAUAACUUCUCUAAUAAAUCUAUACUUCUA